UUGAAACACAAAAGAAAUGGAGGGAAAAAGGUUUCGUGCUCCAAAGGGGUAACCCAGCCAUCGCUAAGAACUCCCAAAUUCAUACCUCUUCUAAACCCUAAUUCUCUGAUCGAAUCGAAGUUGCAGAAGAAGAUGGCUGAGAUUCUAAGCCCUGCCCCGAACGCCCAGAAGCAGAGGGUUCAAAUGUCUGCUCGUAUCCAGUCUCCCACUAGCCCCUUCUUGUUGGUCUCCAACGACGACAAGCUCGAGCGUGCACAGGCACGCGCCGCUCGUGCAGCCGCUAUCCGCCGUAAGAACAUCUCCGUCAAUGCGCUUCCGUCUCUUGGAGAUACUGAUCCACUUCUCGGCAAGCAGCAGAUCUUCGAGUUAUUUCAAAAUUGCAUUAAGCUUGCUAGUGAAAAUAAAAUUAAUCAGAAAAAUACUUGGGAACUCAAUCUGAUUGAUCAUUUAACGGAGAUUAUCAAGGUCGAAGAAGAAAAUGAUAUGGAGACGAAUUUUCAAAAGGCAAGCUGCACUCUUGAAGCUGGGGUUAAGAUUUAUGCGCUAAGAGUGGACUCGGUACACUCUGAGGCCUACAAGGUCCUUGGUGGGAUGAAUAGAGCAGGGCAAGAAAAUGAACAAGGAACAGUUGAUUCUGCCAAUGUUGAUAGUGGACAAGAAGGUGUUCCUUCAAAGAAAGAGACAGAGAGAAAGAUCUCACCUCUGUCAACGCUGGAAUCAUCUUUUGAGGCUCUUAAUGUGAAAAAGUUUGAUGUUGCAUUCGCAGUGGACCCACUUUACCACCAAACAUCAGCACAAUUUGAUGAAGGUGGAGCUAAGGGCCUUUUAAUGAAUAAUCUCAGCGUUUAUGGUGGAUGCAAGGUGCUUUUUGAUUCACUGGAGGUACCAGGGAAGUGCACAACAUGUGAUAAUCAGCAAGAUAAAUCAAACACGAUUGAUCUUUCUUUUGCCAGAGAACAUGUUGAACAGAUGGUACUAAAUAUGCGAAUGAAAGAAGAAAUCUCACCUACUCUUAGAAUUAUUGUCAAUCGUUUUGAUGAAGAUAACAAGAGGCCAUCAGAUUUUCAUUGCUCUGACCAGAAUUCAGCAGAGGAUGCUGUCUACAAUGAGGCUGAGUUUAAUGGUGAUCCAAUUGAGGACUGUGGGACCAGGAGUUAUGAUCACGAUGACGAGGCAGCCAUGGUAGAUGAUGGCCCUAAUUGUGCAGAUUCAACUUUUCCAGAUUACCAUGAGGAAAAUGAACCAUAUACUUUCGAUGACAACGAUGCUGAUGACAGAUUUGAGAAAGUUGAUGGGUAUUUGUUCUUAAAUCUGGGGUUAGCUUCUAAACAAAAUACUUGGGCAGGUCCUGAGCAUUGGAAAUAUCGAAAAACUAAAGAUUUAGAGGCUGAUCAUUCUCAAGAAAAUGGUUCUGCACUAAAAACUAAAAGAAAGAAGGGCCAAAAACAGGCAGCCGUUGAUAUUGAUUUCACAAAUUCCUUGGACAACGAGAUGCCAGAUAUUUUUGCUCCUCCUAAAAAUCCCAAGUCAUUACUGCUACCUGCAAGUAAAACACUAAGUAAUACAAAACUUCCUGAGGAUUGCCACUAUCAACCGGAGACUCUGGUUAAGUUAUUUUUGCUACCAAAAGUGAAGUGCAUUGGGAGGAGAAGAAAGUUUUCAGAUGAAUCAAGGCAACAACGUGAUGAAUAUGGGCAUAUGCCGUUAUGGGAUGAUGAUGAUGUACCUGGCGGGGAAUAUGAUGAAGGAAAUGUUCAAAGCGAUGACGAUGAGUCCAGUAAUCUUGUUUCGCAGCCUCGUCAGGUGAAUAAAAUUGAAGUCCAAUAUGACAAAACUUCUAAACAAGUUGAUGUCCAGGCUCUUAAGGAAACUCUAUGGGACCAAUUACAAGAAUCUCAUCGAGUACCUAUUCAGGAUGAAGAAGAGUCAUUAUCCUUCAAGAAAAUCUUGGGCGAAUUUCCUAGAGACUCCAAAGCUGCGGCCACUAUCAAUGACGUCUCACCUCACCUGUGUUUCAUAUGUUUGUUACAUUUAGCAAAUGAGCAUGGAUUGAGCAUCCGUGGACACACUGACAUGGACGAUCUCUCAAUUCUUAUUCCACGUACUAGUGGAGCAGUGUAGACUAGAGCUUUAUCUCAUUGGUACCUUCUCGUACCCCUCCUUUUUGUGUUCCUUAACAUCUUGUACCAUUGAAAAUUUGUGAAUCAUACAAUACCAAAUCUUUCGCUCUCUAUUUGGUACUGUAGGGCUAGAAGAUCUGUCUUUAUUUGGAUUCGUUCACUCUUUGAAAAGUUGCCUCUUUGAAAAGUUGCGCACAAUUUCACAUGUGGCAUUUCCGCCAUGAUUCAAUUUAUUUGAGGAACGCAUGUAAAGAUAAAAUUGGAUUUUGUUUGAUAACGUGAAGUUGAAAAAACAAGGAUUGGGGUCUUA